CCUGACCGUUGUUGCUACCUUGACGUGGUGGUCGGGCUUGCCUAUCGUGAUGAAGCAACUGAGCUAUACUGGCUGGAACAACCGUUCCUCAAGGUCCUACCAUGCCAGACAGGUCGGUUGAAGAGCGGUAAGACUAAAAGCAACAAAACCAAGGUCCGAAGGCGAAGUCGUACUGCUGACUGUACAGAGGUGUGACAGCAGUAAGGUGUUUCCUUCAGACAACCAGCAUGACAGCGAUGCUGCCUUCCCACAAGGAGGGGUGGGGUUAGAAAAGGUCGACCCUAAAAAUGCACACCUCGCCUUAUCCCACGGAUAUCCGUCUCCGGCGGUAAGGACUCAACAAGUACGGAGCUAACACAAAAAUCACUCAUAAAAAGGUCGUGUGUGACCGACCUCAAGCAGCUGUCCCUUGGGCACUGCGGUCACGCUCUCAGGUCACUAUGACCAACUCUAAUCCAAUUUCCUUUUCAGGUACCUCCAGAAGAACCCUUCCACGGUGUGGGCAACCGGGAAGUGAUAACCGCCCUCGUACCUCUAACAGCACUCAAGACCACUGUAUUCAUAGUCAACCUCCCUCUUCAAUUCCUAUUAUUCCUCCUACAUCGACUUUAUACACUAAACUUCCUCUUUUAGCUUCCUCCUCAAGUGUCACCACAGCCAACGAUUCUAGUGCUCAAAACACUGUCCCAGGUCUACUGAAACCUCGCUCCAAACUAUACAUUGGAGCCUUCAACGUACGCACACUAUGCCAAAUCGGUCAGCAGGCUUCCUUGGCUAAAACCUUAGAAUCUCGUACCAUUGAUGUAUGCUGUGUCUCCGAAACACGCAUACAGGAUCCUAGUGUGGUCAUUCACUUGACCUCACCUCGGCAAAACGGAGAGCCAACGAGAUACACCCUCCGUGUAUCUGGCGACCCGAUGGCUAGUUCUCGUGGACUGGCAGGUGUAGGCAUAGCACUUAGCAUGAGGGCGGAACAAGCGCUAUUAGAGUGGAUCCCCGUUAACAGUCGUCUAUGCGCUGUUCGGCUAAACGGCUCCGUAAGAACUCGGAAGGAUAAGGACACACGUCGUUGCCUUUUCGUCGUUUCUGCCUACGCUCCCACUGACUGCAGUUCGGAUGAAGUGAAAGAUGAAUUUUACAGAAAGCUGUCUGAACUUCUUCAGAAAGCUAAACGUUCAGACAUAGUACUCGUAGGAGGUGACUUUAAUGCCCAGGUAGGUAGCUUAAACAAAACAGAAAGACAUUUAGGUGGGUAUUUUAGUAUUCCGGCACAGCGAACAGAUAAUGGUGAUCGUCUGCUGCAACUGUGCUCAGACAAUCGUUUAUUUUUAGCAAACACAAAUUUUAAGCAUAAGGAGAGACAUCGUCUAACAUGGCGACCCCCUGCACCAAACCAACGAUGGACUCAAAUAGACCAUAUUGCCAUCAGUCAUCGUUGGAGAGGGUCAAUAGAAGAUUGUCGCUCAUUCUGGGGUACCUGCUUGGACUCUGAUCAUGCCCUAGUACGAGCACGCAUCUGCUUGCGCCUCACUGGACGCAAAAGAGCCACACAAAAAAGACUCAUUAGAACCGAAUUGAGUAAUGAGAAAGCCAAAAGUAGGUUCCAGGAACAACUGAGGUCACACUUAGGUAGUUCUGAAAACGAGACUGACCCAGAUGUUGCUUGGAAAGUUAUACAAGCAGCUGUGGAAACAGCAGUGACAUCUACCAGUGAUUUAAACCAAAUGGUUACAAAAAACCAAUGGAUUUCGUCAAGGUCUAUUGCACUGAUAGAUUCUCGCAAACUCAUCCCAUCAGGUUUUGAAUACGAUGAAGAGCGUAAAGAAAUCAAAUCUAGAUUAAGCAAAAGUCUAAGGAAUGAUCGUGAGCAGUGGUGGGCAACGAAAGCAAAAGAGAUGGAAAAGGCGGCGGCUAUAGGGAACACAAGACAACUCUACAGACUAAUAAAAGAAACUGGAAUUAAUAAAUCAAGUGUAAGUCAGACCAUUUCGGAAAAAGACGACACUCUCAUCUGCUCCCAGUCCAGACGCUUAGAACGAUGGGCGGAACACUUUAAGGAGCAGUUUAGCUGGCCUUCAGCUACUUUACAACUACCCUCUAUUCCCAGACAGUGUGAAUGGAACAUUGAAGUAGGUCCCCCAACUCUAGCUGAAGUUCAAAAGGCUAUAGCUAAUCUGAAACGAGGAAGGGCAGCUGGUCCAGAUGGAUUGGCCCCAGAGGUCUUUAAGGAUGGUGGUCUAGUCUUAGCGAUUAGGUUGACUAAUAUUUUAGCUAAAAUCUGGGAGUUAGACGUUAUUCCAUCUAACUGGUCACAAUCACUUAUCGUCCCAAUAUUUAAGAAAGGGUCAAAAUCAUCCUGUGACAACCACAGAGGGAUUAGUUUGACUAAUAUAGUAUCUAAAAUACUAGCUUCGAUAAUUUUCGGACGCCUAACUAAGACUCGUGAACUGCAAACACGUGAAAAUCAGGCUGGCUUCAGACCUGGUCGUGGCUGCAUCGACCACAUAUUCACCAUUCGUCAGGUUCUAGAACACAGGCAUACUUAUCGGCGUCCGACAAUGGUGGUAUUCCUUGACUUAAAAGCAGCGUUUGACUCUGUUGACCGAGAGGUUCUGUGGCAGUGUCUGUCAUUGAAAGGCGUACCUCAGAAGUACAUAAACCUUGUGAAGGCUCUUUACUCGAACACUACUAGUCGGGUCAGAGCCUAUGGCGAACUGUCAUCUGCUUUUGCAACCUCAAGUGGCGUCCGUCAAGGCUGUCCACUUUCUCCUUUUUUGUUUAACUUUAUCAUAGACAUCCUGAUGGAAAUAACGCUCUCAUCGACUGACUUCUCGGGUAUUGAUCUCCUACCAGGAGGUCCACUUAUUGACUUAGAAUACGCAGAUGACAUAGUCCUGUUUGGUGAAGACGCUGAUGAAAUGCAGAGUCUUUUGGUAGCACUGAGCAACAAUGCUAGAAUGUUUGGGAUGCGCUUUUCUCCCUCUAAAUGCAAGUUGUUGCUUCAGGACUGGUCUGCGUCAACACCCGAACUAAGGAUAGGGGGUGAAGUAGUCGAACGCGUUGACAACUUCACUUAUCUUGGAAGUCUGAUCAGCCCUAAUGGGUUGGUGUCUGACGAAAUCUCAGCACGGAUUCGAAAAGCUCGCUUGGCCUUUGCCAACUUACGUCAUCUAUGGCGAAGGCGAGAUAUCCGUCUAUCAAUUAAGGGACGAGUAUACUGCGCGGCAGUUCGUUCCGUCCUUCUAUACGGCUGCGAAACAUGGCCUUUAAGAGUGGAAGAUAUUCGUAAGUUACUAGUAUUUGACCACAGGUGCCUUAGAAAUAUUGCGGGUAUCUGCUGGGAUCACCGGGUAAGUAAUAGUGAGGUUAGACGCAGGGUAUUAGGGAAUGAUGGUAAAUCAGUUGAUGAGGUUAUGAAUCUUCAUCGACUGAGAUGGUUGGGCCACGUGUUGCGUAUGCCUGAACACCGAUUACCACGACGCGCAAUGCUGACUAGUGCAGGGGAUAAUUGGAAGAAAGUUAGGGGCGGCCAAACCAAAACGUGGCAUCAGUGCUUGAAGUCACUAACUUCUGGUCUGAGCCAUGUUGGGAGAUUCAGACUGCCUGGUUGGGGUCCGCGUGACUAUCGUAACCAAUGGUUGGAGACUCUUGGUGACAUGGCUCAGAAUCGAUCACAAUGGCGUCGGUGUAUACACUCUCUGUCUUCCUUAAAUUAAGAGAUUAAAAUCGCUUCAUAUCUGUCUAGGAACUAAUUCUUUCUUCCUUUACUAUCUCCUUAUACACAAUCUUUCUUCUAUAUAUUACCACCACUGAAUUAACUACUCCUAUGAAUCCGGUGUUCAUCUUGUUGUGCUAAUGCGGUAUGGCAACUUGGACCGAUGCAUAUACGUGCCUGGUCCUACGUUGCAGCUGACUGACUGACUGACUGCUUAAGUACUUGUUUUAAUGUUUGAUUUUAGAAUACGGAGUACGAUAGUUGAGGACGUUGAACAUUCUACUUAUUUUGUCACCUUUGAUCAAUUGAGAACUUCUGAAUUUCAAAACACAUGACUAAACGUUCGAUUGGGAUUGUGUAUAAUUUUAGCCAUGAGAGUUCCGACUUUUUGAACGUACCGAGCUGUAAGAAUGUUCAAACUUCUUAAUCACAAAUAAUCAAAUAUGUAUUCUUCACAAGGUUUUGGUACUUCAACGGGAACCGUAUGCAGUGCUUCAUAGACUUCGUUUUAUCAUGAACAGACACUUAAGAACUACAUAAACUGAAUACUGUUGGUGGAAUCAGGGCUUAAAGAGAACUCUUAUGUGAAUCGGCAGAUCACAUAACAAUGACCUUCCCCUGUAGUUUUGCGCUAAUUUCAACCUGUUUCUGACCAGCACUAACUUACAGUACUCUCAUUUGUGGUGUGCCACCUGACGUCCUUUAUCAUAGACUCACGCUGAGACUUAGUUUGAGCGUAUCCUGAUUAGCUACCACUGGGAUGGUUGUAUAUAAUACUGUCGCCUCUCUUAGGGUAUCUAUCUGGACUCUAACGAUGGCUUUGGUUUGCCAUAAGCUUAUCUUACUUUUGAGUGUUUAACAAGUUUAUCAUCCUAAAAAGAUUGGUACGGGGAAAUUGACUUCAGCUUCCAUUACAUUAAAAAAAUAUCAAACUGAGUUAUGUUCAAUGGUAUUAGUUGGUCCACCGAAAAGUGUAGAUGAGCGUUGGCUGCGUUUGCAUGAUGCCAUGAAAAUGGUUGGUAAAGUCAAUAGCGGCUUCAAGCAGCAUCUGAGUUAUGACGUUUGGGUUUCUACAGGCUCCUUGAAGUUCUUUGAGGUACAUCACUCGAUUCCAGGAAACGGGGAUUUCAGUGAUGAGCGUGGAUUCUUACGUUAGAACGUUGUGUGGAGUUUGCGUGCGGGACGAGAAACCUGGUGGUCUGAGUGUACUAUUGAGUUAGAAACAGCAGCUGCAUUCGGUAAAUUAUGAAAGCUGUUUCAACUCAUCCAUCCCAUUAGAAGCAUGAAGUCUGGUGUCACUGAAACAGCCUGUGAAUCUGGUAGGACACCGAUUAUUAAGAUAUAUUUUCGAGAAACAGUUCAACUAGUCUGUUGUCUAAGUAACAUCAAUCAAACCACCCUGUUCUCCCUCCACCAUAGCUGCUGAAUAGACGUGGUUGUUGGGAUUGCCUAUUGUGAUGACUUAACGGAGCUGUAUUGGCUGGAAUACAUGUUCCCCCAGGGUCCUGUCAUGCAAGGCAGGUUUGUUGGAGGACGUUGAGAUUAAAAGCAGCAGAUUAGGGGUCAGGUGCUAGGUCGUACUGCUGAUUGUAGAGCGUUGUGACAGUAGUAUGACGUUUCUCUUGGACAAUCGGCACCUGAAGCAGUGCUGCUUUCUUGCAACGGAAGGAAGGAGUUAGAAAAGGUUGGCCCCCCAAAAUAUCACACCUCGAUUUACCCCAU